ACCUGACACACAGAAACUUCUCACGUGACACAGCAGAAACAAGGAAGUGAAUGAUUGCUGCAUUGGUGUUACACUGUUCUGCACUGCUGUGUGUCUGGCUCACGUAACACGUGUCUGUUGUCUGCUAGCUUCAGUCAACUGUCUCAACCAACCCAGGCAUCGAACAGAUAGGCGAGACCAUGGAGCAUUUGGCAGUGUUUGUUCUCCUGUUUAUGUCGAUGGCUGCGGCAGUUGAGUUCCAUGAAGACUCCCCCUUAUUGUUUGAAAGCAAGCAUCAGAGAGCCCCUCAAUCAUCAAAGGCGAAGAUCACGUCCAUUAGAGAAGCUCUAACAAAUUUCUUCAAGCCUCUACACCCGGAGAGACUCACUGACACUGGGCAUGCCACAAACUGCGGCGGUACUCAGAACUUUUCCCUGACCUGGAGUCCCAAGGUCGUGAACCCGUCUCGUGGAGUUGUGUUCAAGCUCGAUAUGAUCGCAGCGUCGGCCUUCAGCAGUGGCCAAGCGGACGUUGCCGUGUACACAGGCGGGGCGCCAGAGCCCUUCAUCACCGACUCCUUCCCUCUCAACUGCGGCCUCAUCCACAAGACAUUCCCGAACAUCUGCCCAAUCAAAAAAGGAGAGCAUCUUAAGCUAGACUACAACCUACCUGACCUUACAGCCUUGCCCCCCGGCUCCUACAUGCUGAAGGCCAACAUCACCUCAGCAACUGGGCCGUGGUUCAUGUGUGCUGAGGUGGUUGUUACCAUCGAAGGCUAGAGAAGACACGUACCUGCUAACACUGACAAGCAGACAUCUGUAUCCACAUUCCGCUUUUUGUGUUGUUUUAUGCAUUUUGGGGCAAUACCAUAUUCGCUGUGAUAAGCACUUUAGGCGCUUAGAAAAUGUACAAAGAAAUAGUUACAUGACAGUUAUAUUCCUCUUCUACGCUGCUGUUUCGAGUUGAUAGUUGUACUUUCCACAAGAAAAUAUGGUCUGUCUUAGUUGAGGACACUAUAAUGUUUAAAUACAGGUUGGUACUUAUUGGGACAGAACGCUUGAUACAGUAGAUAUGAUACCCCAGGUGUCGCAGCAGUGGGUACAUCAAGAUUUGACUUCACACAUUCCUGUCGGGAACCAAACCAAUGUCUCUGCACUAUACCCGCUAUAACCUGAUAACAAGCGAACCAUGACAAUCACAUGCUAUUGUAGGAUAAGUAUUGAUCAAUAUGAAACAUUGUAUUUUAAUUGGAAAAUAUCUUAGUCAGAUUAAGCCUUAAUGGGCUCAUUGUAGUAUUAUUUUCAUCAGUCCGUGAAGGACGCCUUACCAUGAUUAUAGGAGAAAUGAACUUGAUGCACACCCUACUAUACUGCAUCUUCCCGAGGCAAUAGAGUUAACUGACUUUAAAAGUCCAGUUUCCACCCUUGCCGAACUGGGCUGAAAUUACUGGGCUCGAUCGUAGCUUCACCAGUGGCUAUUACCAGUUAUGUCCCUUCUAAGCCUCUCCUAUGGACCAAUCAGAUUCCACCUCUCGUAUCACUUGUGUUUACUUCACACAAAAUGGUGUCGCCCAGUCAGGACGAUCUGAUCGAUAAUCAAGAUGUAUAUUGUGAUAAAACGGUCUUACAUCGCGAAAAGCAUUAAAUCACGUUAGCACCUUGAUUAAAAACAUGAAAAUAUUUGGAAUAAUAUCUGUUGACAACGAGUUGGCGGUGCACAUGCUUUGCAAAUACUACAGUCGAUCAAAAUCUGCUCGACAGUCUUCGAACCGGAUUUCGAUUUCGGUGAGCGAUUUUGAUUGGACUAUGCAUAGACUCGUUAGUCCAGCCAAAAUGUAACUCCAUAAUACCAGCCUAGUUCGGCAAGGGUGGAAACUGGACUUUUAUAGUCAGUUAACUCCUUUGACUCGGGAAGAUGUCUAUACUGGAGUUAAGCAUCAUGAGUAAGUUAGUUCAGCCAUAUAGCGAAUAUAUUUAUAUACUAUACACGUUUACAGAAAAUCUUAACUACAAGAAUUUUCCACAAAAUAUUCAUGACCCCUAACUUUACAAGUGUGUAGAUAAUUAAGAUAUGAAAGAAAGUAGUGUGUACAAGUCCAUCAAAUUAUGACAAUGCUUUAUGCUAGGAAGGUGUUGAUCUUAAUAUUACAUCUACGUUAUCUAUGUUCUCAGACCGGCUACUUACAAAUCCGAAUCUCUUGUUACACAAGUGUCAAGAUUAUACCAUUUUUAUGUUUUAUACAAAUCAUAUAGUCUAACAAACUGGUGUGUUUACAUUAUAAUCAUAUCACACAAAUCAUAUAGACUAACAUAGAUCCACACAGCCAAUGUCUCAUUGCAUCAUACAUUCAUGUUUAUGUUUAUCUCUCUUUGUCCUUUCCAAGAACCAUAGCAUUUAUUAAUGUUUCUCCCAAUUCUAAUCACACUUUGUAUUUGGUUAAUGAUUCUGCAACUUGUUCCUGCUGAUGUUGUAUUAAAAGAAUAUUCUCUU